AUGUUACCCAGUGCAAGAAUCUGUUGUCCAAUUGUGCCGCUCACAAUACUCGUAACGCUCUUCAUCUCACUGGUUGUCUAUGUUUCAUGGAGCCUUCACGUCUUCAAUCCAGCGCCACUGCUCAUCCACAUGGAUUGUAACAUUUACGAAGGAGCAAACGGGAAGAAGCGUUUAGAAGAGUAUAAACAAAAUCGUACUGUAAUCCACCACCAAAUCGACAUAAACGAAACUAAGUGUUUCUUGAUACGAAAGCGGCGAUAUCUUCCGACUGAAAUUCCGGACAAUAUGGAAGUUCAUCACAACAUGUACUUUCUGAGGAUCAAUUAUGACUUUUUGGAGGAAGUUAUGACAAUGAUGUAUUCUCCACUUCAUUUCUACUGCUUUGUCAUUGACAGCAGUGCCUCUUUCAAAUUCGAGCAGUUGGUGCGCAAGCUUGGAGAAUGCGUUCUAAACAUUAUUGUUCCUCCUGGAACAUACAACACAACAAGUGCUGAUGGUACAUUUAUUGCUUUAAACUCCUGUUAUCAUGGCAUGGAAAAAUAUCAAUGGAAACACACUGUCAUCACUGAGGAAAAUGAAAUGCCUAUCCAUUCCAUUCACCAUAUCGCCGACAAUGCUCGACGUCUUCAGAACGCAGCUCGGAUUGGUAGAGUAACCAUUUCUGAAGAACAUACCCGAAUUCUCGGCGAUGAUUUAACCAAAGCCAGCAAACAGGAUCAAGAGUUUUUGAAAAGAUCUUUAUGCACAUGGUUUACCACACGACGGUUUCCAAUCAUGCUGCCACGAUCCUUUCAACCUGUUUUAUUUAAAUAUAUGGAAGGACAGAGUCUGGAGAAUUGUGAGCCAUUGUCACCCAAAUUCGACAAAAAUGUCGCCUUAGAUGUAUGUCAUACCAAGCGAUUCGAUAGUAGAGGAAAUUGUAUUGUUGGCAUGGAAGACUACGAAGAGACGCUAAAGUCAAAAUAUCUAUUUGUGCGAGCCGAUCCCUAUUUUGACGAUGGCAUCAUACAAUGUGUGAAUGAGUUCGUCUACCAUCGCACCUACAAAGACAGCUAUGGUGAAGCACACUUCAACUAA